AUGGUAUCUUUUUCAACAUAUGCAAGUAAAGAAAAAGAAUGCGUGGCGCUUCAAGCGCAAAUUGUCAAAUAUGAACAAGAAUGGAUGCCACGUCCCAAAGAUCCCAAGGUUAUUCAAUACUUGAUCGAGAUAACGAAUAUCUUAAACCAAAACCAAAACAAUGAAGAAGACCUUGGUGAUGCUUUGGAAAAUAUCAUGGAACAUCUGGAAAUCAAUGAACAUGAUUUGCAAUUAUGUCAUGGUCGUUCUGCAACUGUAACAGCUAGACAUAUUAUGAAGCUUAAAUAUCCGAACCCUGAUGAUAGUUGUACAAUAAGAAACAUUGGCGAAGCAGUUGUAAAAGCAAUUAUCAAGUAUACACGGAUUUCUAUUGCAACUGAUCAAUGUUCUGAUGCAGAUAUUCGUCAUGCAAUUGGAAACUAUUUAGCAGUUCAACGAUUCGAAAAUAGAACACGUUUAGUGGGCCAAAACAAUAAUGUGAUUUAA